UGGGUCUCGACUGAUCUGGUCUUAAGCGGAAGCUUCCCCAAAACACGGAAGCUACCCCAAACACUUGCUGAACUCAUGUAUAAUAAGAACGCUCAACUGAGCCUGAGCAGACUGUCACACGCUGAACUAACAAACAGCUCAGAGGAACCUCUCCACACAGCGUUAAGUCCGACCACCGGACAUGUCCGCCGGAGCUGUGAUCACCGUCCGGUUGGUCAGGUCCUUCGAACACAGGAACUUCAAACCGGUGGUGUUCCACUCGGUCAACCUGGAGAAUACGGUGCAGGACUUCAUAGAGCUCGUGAGACACGACAUAGCAACAAGGCCGGGGCUUCCUCCACCGUUUAGGAAAUACGCUUAUGAUACGAUGAAGAUUAUCCACCAAGCACAUGGAGCCAAGACUAAUGAGUUGGUGAUGAGUUUAGAGGACGAUGAAAAGCUCAUUCUGCAAAAAGGACAAACCUUACAAGCUGCUGGCAUUGCAAAUGAAACAGAAGUGGCCUUCUUCAGGAAGGAAGAUUAUGGUCUCUUCAAAGCAAAUCCCCAAACUGCUUGGUAACCACUACUUUAUGUUCUUUAUUUCAAUAAGUCUGCCACAAACAAAUAGGAAAUUCAGAAUGGAAUCAUCAUGUUUACUUUGUGGGGUUGUUUUUAAAAGGUUCUGGCAUGCUCUAUUAUGUACAAUUCUUUUUUUCUUCUCAUGGUGUCCAUGGACAUUAUUUUCUGAUGUUUUAAAAAUGUGCUGAAUAAAGUUAUCUGACAGAU